CCAUCCCAGCCCUGGCAUAUAACUGGGUAGCGGGGACUUUCACCCAUUUCACCCCUUUGGAAACAUCCAUUUCACCCUUUUCACUGUUCAAAGAACUGUCUGCCCAUGGGGUGGGGUGUGCUCUCCCUCUUCUUCGAACCUCCCUUCCCUCUGUUCUCUCUCUCACCCUCAGCGAGCAAGAGCUAGAGGAACCUGUGCGAGCAAGAGCAACCCCUAGCGAUCAAGAUCAGCCCCUAGCGAUCAAGAGCAGCAACCUCUCAAUCAGAAACAGGGAGACUGCAGGGAAAGUUAUCAAAUGCCACCCUAGUGUCUCGCCGCUGCCUCCAACUUGCAGCUCUCAGCUCUAGCCAUCUCGCCCCUGCCUCCUAGCUCCCAUUUCAGAGCUCGCAAGCCCUAGCAAGACCUUCUUCUCUCUCGCUUUUGCAAUCAGAGAGAGAGAGCCCGUGUUUUCCACACUGACAUUGAAGAGAGAGAGUCCAUGCUCUCCACACUGACACUCAACCAUUCUCUUCGUGACAACUUCUCAGUCUCUGUGGCAUCCAAAUCCUUGUCAGAAAAAUGGAAGCCCCUCCAACAACAAUACAACAGAUUGUGGAGAAGCAAGUCCUAACUGUCGCCAAGGCCUUUGAGGACAAGAUCGAUGAUGAGAUUGCAGCUUUAGAUCGGCUUGAUUUGGAUGAUAUAGAGGCUCUUAGAGAGAGAAGGUUGCAGCAAUUGAAGAAGAUGGCUGAGAGGAAGAGUCGAUGGAUCUCUCUGGGACAUGGUGAAUAUCAGGAAAUUCCAAGUGAGAAGGACUUUUUUGCAGCUGUUAAGGCCAGUGAUUGCGUUAUCUGCCAUUUUUACAGAGAGAAUUGGCCUUGCAAGGUGAUGGACAAGCAUCUAGGUUUAUUGGCAAAGCGACAUAUAGAGACGCGUUUUGUGAAAAUCAAUGCGGAGAAAAGUCCAUUCUUAGCAGAAAAGCUUAAAAUAGUGGUGCUUCCAACCCUGGCCCUUAUAAAGCAUGCCAAAGUCGAAGAUUAUGUGGUUGGAUUUGAUGAGCUUGGUGGGACUGAUGAGUUCAGUACAGAAGAGCUUGAGGAGAGGCUUGCUAAAUCUCAAGUUAUUAUUUUUGAGGGUGAAUCAUUGGUAAGUCAUGCCGGUUCCAGUGCAACAACCAAAAGAAGUGUUCGUCAGACUGCAAAUGCAGACUCUUCUGACUCAGAUUAGAUAGAGAUUUUAUUAUUGUAUCGUUUUCCCAUUUCAGUAGAAGAUGUCAAGGCAUAUUGUUUUGACCAUCUUACACAAGAAUGGGAGUUAUUAAAAUGGGUUGUACUACCUGUUUUCUGAUACUAUUCCAGGACUGUUUCUUAUCCCUUACCCAAGGAGGAUUAUGAGAAGUGCCUGGAUUCUUAAUUCCCCUUGAUAUAUUCUAAUGAAGUAUGCAUAUUUGUUUAAA